AUCUCUUUUACGUGAUAUAUGCUCGCUCGCUUUCGACUCAACUGCCAUGUUCAAACUUUGUUCUCAAAACGCUUACCUGCAGGGAGUCAAAGCUACCUACCAGGUGCCGAUAGUUCAGACGCUGACAAGGGGACUUUGGACUCGGUGCAGCAAGAACCCCACUAUUAAGCAGCAUCCCACUCCAUCUCAGAACUAUUUGUCGAGCUUCAAUUACCCCUCCGCUGCUAUAGCCAGGACCAGUCAACAUUUUCUCAAGUACACAAACUGCCGGUACAGCCACAAUAACAUCAAAAUGAGCUCCCCCAAGGAAUUCCGUCUUUUCUGCCUUGAGAACCCUCUCUUGGACAUCCAAGCAGUUGGAGACGAGGCGCUCCUCAACAAGUACGGCCUCAAGGCUAAUGAUGCCAUCCUGGCCGAGGCUAAGCACGCCGGUAUCUUCGAGGAGCUGCUCAACAACUACGACGCCAAGCUGAUUCCUGGCGGCGCCGCCCAGAACACGGCCCGUGGCGCCCAGUACAUGCUGCCGCCCAACAGCGUCGUCUACUCGGGAGGUGUGGGCGACGACAAGUACGCGGCCAUCCUGCGCGAUGCCGUCCAAAAGGUCGGCCUCAGGGUCGAGUACCGCGUAGACCCCAAGGAGACCACCGGUCGCUGCGCCGUCGUCAUCACCGGCCACAACCGCUCCAUGUGCACCGAGCUAGGUGCUGCCAACCACUACGAGGUUGAGUUCCUGAAGAAGCCCGAGAUCUGGGAGCUGGUCAAGGGUGCUGAGGUCUACUACAUUGGUGGUUACCACUUCACCGUCUGCCCUCCCGCCAUAAUGGAGCUGGCCAAGGAGGCUGCCACCAACAACAAGACCUUCAUCUUGUCCCUCUCGGCUCCCUUCAUCCCGCAAUUCUUCAAGGACCCCCUUGAUGCUGCUCUCCCCUACUGCGACUACGUCAUCGGCAACGAGACCGAGGCCGCUGCCUUUGCCGAGUCCCACGACAUGGCCGACAAGAAGGACGACGUCCGCGCCGUCGCCAAGGCCAUCGCCAACCUUCCCAAGGAGAACUCGCAGCGCAAGCGCGUCGCCAUCAUCACCCAGGGCACCCUCCCCACCAUUGUCGCCGUCCAGGGUGAGGACGAGGUCAAGGAGUACCCCGUUCACGAGAUCGCCAAGGAGCAGAUCAACGACACCAACGGUGCCGGUGACGCCUUUGCCGCUGGUUUCUGCGCCGGUGUUGUCGAGAACAAGCCCCUGGCUGAGUGUAUCGACAGGGGCCAGUGGCUCGCCCGCCUUAGCAUCCAGGAGCUGGGUCCUUCGUACCCGUUCCCCAAGCAAACCUACCAGCCUCAGUCUGCUUAAAGCAAAUAAGCUGGCUUCUUCUUGUCUUUUGAUUAUGUGACUUUCCCUAUGAGUUUGGGCAUGGCGUUGAAGGAUUAUACGGGCAAAAAUAUGGGAGGGUGUUGCAUUCAGGUUUCAACAACAUAGCAAAUAUUCCCAUGUAAAAUCUGCCAGUGAUAUGCGAAAGGAGGCAAUCACUCAACUUGAGAUAGAGAAAAAAACUUGCAACAGGAGGUAUUGCAGUCUCAAAUCAAAUUGGAUUGAACGACUGACCCAUCUUUUUCUCCAACAACACUGCGCACAGUGACCUGAAAGCUUGCCGAUAGGUAAUAUAUGAACGGAUCUUGGGGCUGUCAUAAAAAAAAAGUCGGUAUAAUGAGCCGGGAUACAGAUGAAUUCCAGUACCGAGGAAGUGCAAGUCCAAAGGCUGCGCCAUGCACGUAUGAUCACAGCCUUUGGACCAGCAUCGGACUGGACACGUCAUGUGAAGACCAGCCGAGACCAUCAGACUGGAUCCGGGGCAGAUGGCACCAAAACACGGCGGACAUGCGAAUCAACGGCGGUUUCUUUGUAUCUGUCAAAAAUCAUAACAUGGCCUUUCUUUCUUUUUUGGCUGUAGGCAUAGAAAACCUCUAGCAAUCGGCCUUUUGUUGCAUUUCCGACAGAUUCCUCGGGUUUCCAUGCAUUGUCCAAAAGAAUCGGUGAAUACAAGACAUCAAGCCACGGCAAGCCCCGGACCAGACGCAGGCUGCCUGACCUCGGGCUCGUCCCUUGCUUCCCUCGCCGCGGCCUUGGCGCGCUUCUUCCUGGCCCUGCGCACCUCAAUCUCGACGGCUGCCAUCUCGGCCGCCACGGUAGCGAGCCUCGGGACGAUCUCCUCGACCAGCUGGACGGCUUGGCCCUGGGCCGACCGCAGCGGCGCCGGCGUGAACAGCCCAAACCACCGCAGCGGGUCCUUGGGCCGAGCCGGGGCGGUCUUGCCGUCGGUGGAUUCCCGGGUCGUUUCCGCGUCGGGCUGCGCGCCCUCGCUGCCUGCUCCUUCUGCUGCUCUGCCGUCGUCAUCGCCGGCUUUGGCGGGGGUCUCGGGGGCAGGAGCGGCGGGAGCAGUCGAAUCGGGCUCGGACACGACGAACCGAGGGCUGCUGGCGUCGCCGGGCGGUGACGAUCCGGGCCCAUCAUCCACGACCCGCAGCUUCCGGACGGCCUGCAUGCGCUCGUCAAAGUGAUUGGGUCCGUAGCGCAUGCCCCUCUCGGCCGAGAAGUUUGCCCGCGCAAUGUUUUGAUACAUCAAGCGCUGGGUGGUUGCUAGGGUCUCGCGUAGCUUAGUGUACUCGUCGAGCAGCCCUAGGUAGCGCUCGAGGAGGUUGUCGAUUUCCAAGUCCAUUGCUAAUUAAAAUUGAAACGUUGGAAGCUGAGCUCGGAGUACAGCCGAUGAACGGAUAUCCUUCAAGACAACACCUGUAGGUGAACCUGGA